AUCAGCAUCAGCAUCAGCAGCAGCAGCAGCAGGUGCCUUGUCCCGCCCCACCGCCUCCUCCUCGUUCCUCCUCAUGCAGGCCGGUCCCACCCUCCCCAAGGAGAUCCGAUGGAUCCUGGAAGAUGCUGAAGAGUACCUGGUGGAAGGUUUGCAGAAUGAGAACCUCAGUAAUAAUGCAAAGGAGCAGAGAGACCAUAUUUUACUUGGCUUUCAGCAAAUUAAAACCAGGUACCCUUGGGAAUUCCAGCCCCGAGGAGGUGACCAAGCUGAAAAUUAUCAAGGACCAGACAGCUCUGAUGAUAACCAAAGUGGGACCCAUGGCCAUUCAUUAAUGUCAGAUGCAUCAUUUAUUUCAGAUUUUCAGGAUGAGGGAGUGGAAGAGAUGACUCAAAGAGGAGCCCAAGACAUGGUGACAAUUGUCAAGCAAGGAUACUUGGAAAAGAAGUGCAAAGAUCAUAGUUUCUUUGGGUCUGAGUGGCAGAAGAGGUGGUGCGUCAUCAUCAGUAGAGGAAUCUUCUAUUACUACUCGAAUGAAAAAAGCAAGCAACCCAAAGGGGCCUUACUGAUUAAGGAGUAUAGCGUACGGAUGGCACCUAACCUCCGGCGGGAUUCCAAGAGAGAGUCGUGCUUCGAACUGACCUCCCAGGACCGACGCAGCUACGAGUUUACAGCUGCCAAUCCAGCAGAAGCCAAAGACUGGGUGGAUCAAAUCAGCUUCCUUCUAAAAGAUCUGAGUUCCUUUACCAUCCCCUACGACGAGGAGGAAGAGGAAACAUAUGAUGACAUUGACAGCUUUGACUCUCCAAACACCAACCCCCAUCCCAAGCUCAGGAAACUUCCUGGUAGUGUGGAGGAAAAAGAGAAUGAGGUGGAAGAGGAAGAGGAUAUUUAUGAAGUUCUCCCAGAUGAGGACCUUGAUCCAGAAGCUGGAGAAGAUGGUGGGAGUCAACCAAAAGGAGAUUAUGCAAAUUAUUACCAGGGCCUGUGGGACUGUAGCAGCAAUCAACCCGAUGAGUUGUCCUUCCAACGUGGCGAUAUCAUACACAUCCUGAGCAAGGAGUAUAACAUGUUUGGCUGGUGGGUCGGAGAACUGAACAACCUUAUUGGGAUUGUCCCAAAGGAGUACCUCACGGCCGCUUUUGAGGUGGAAUAAAGACGAAAGUCAGGACAUCCACCUCGGUUCUCCUCUCUAAGGGCCCCUCACCAGCCCAACAACCAGAAUCCCGCUCCUCCCCGGCGGGAACGCUAAUGCUACCAAAUCUUCCCUUUCCUCCGGUCAAGGGAAACGCAAGACUUCGGAGCCGCUGAGCUUAGAUUUUAUAGGACCGCUAAACGGGCGACGGUACGGGGGGGAUAUUGGACCGUCGACUAAGCCUGCCACCGAGCAGGCCCUGAGAUAUAUAUUGUACUUCCCAAGCGCUUAGUACAGUGCUCUGCACAUAGUAAGCGCUCAAUAAAUACGAUUGAUGAUGAUGA